UUAUCAGUGUGUGGAAAGUGUCGCCUUGUUGCCGGGCUGUCCGCAGCAUCUCAUUGCCAGUCGAGGACACCCUCUGCUCGCUGCCCUGGGAGAGGAAGGAGCGCUCACACCCCCGGCAACCGGAGUUCAUGGCAAACGUCCUGGCCCGCCAGCCCCUCUCCAUCCAACUCUGCCAGGGCUGGGACAAUAGCCCGGGGAGACUGUGUGGCGGCCGGUUUCCAAACCAUCACAGCAACAAGAGCAAGUCGAACAUCCGACCGGGAGUGAGCGACGGGGUUACCUGGGACUGCGUAGAGGUGACUUGGAAGAGCCGAUGUGUCGUGGGAGCCUGCGAGUGUCUGGAGAACGAGGAGAGAGAAUUGGGGGAGAGUUUCAAACAAAGUCUAAAUUUGCUUCUAAAUAGCGCCAGACAUGAUCUCUGUCAAUGCCACGUCUCAGUUAUGGCUAAAAUCCUGGACAGAUGUUGCACAGAGCAGGAAAAGAUUCAGCGCACCAACUACGUUUCAGCCCAUCGCCCGCACCGACGCAUGAAUCAAUGUGUGAACCUGUGUAUGAGUCGGUUUGUUCAAAGCUGGACAAGAUGGUCAAAAUCGCAUUUAAUUGAAAGUAAAAUUGGUUGUUUGAAGCCGUUCAUUUGUCGCUUUCUACGUCCACAAAACCGCAAUCUAUGUUUUAAAUCGUGCCUGUUACGCUUUCCAAAUCUGUGCUCGCGGCCCGGAGUGUAUUGCGAGCAUCAAGAUAUUUCAGCACCAACAGCGGCGUGGACAGCUCCCGAUACAGACGGAGAAACAGCUUCUGUUCAAAGUCGCUGCAAUCCGGACAACAGAACAAAGAACUACUGGGGUUUGUCCAAGGCAAACGUUUCUUGUCUUCCCAGUUGUGUAGCAUUGCUCAGUUUCCAGUUUUACAGACCUACCAAAGCUUCUAUGAAAACUCGGCUCCCUGGGAUUAGACCGAGGAGUAAUUGUAAAAGUGAUUCCGGUAUUCUCCUCCAGUUAAACUUCACGAAAACUAUGCAACACCAUCUAUUUCAUCCCAGAAUUGUCAAACGGGGGAAGAGAGCCGUGUUUUCUUUGCCGUUAGCCAGAAGUCGUAGAUCGGUCAAUCGUCGCCCUCAUUUCCCGCAAUAUAAUUACCAGGUUCAGGUGGCGGAGAACCAGCCUCCGGGGACUCCUGUAAUCUCCAUUACUGCGGCGGACCCGGAUUCUGGAGAGGCUGGAAGGCUUUUUUACUCUAUGGCUUCGUUAAUGGAUAGUAGGUCAAUGGAUUAUUUCACAAUCGACGUCCAGAAUGGACUGCUUUCUACCAGCAAAGUCCUGGACAGGGAGAGCAUGAAUCUGCACUAUUUUCGAAUCACUGCUGUCGAUCACGGAAUUCCUCGCCUUUCUGCCACUACCAUGAUCUCUAUUACAGUGAGUGACACCAAUGACCAUGACCCAGUAUUUGAACAAGCCGAAUACAGGGAAACCAUUCGGGAGAAUGUAGAAGAAGGUUACCCGAUCUUGCAGCUCCGAGCCACAGAUAUAGACUCUCCUUCCAAUGCCAAUAUCAGGUAUCGAUUUAUGAACCAGCAAACGUCACAUGCCGUUUUCGACAUUGAUGCCAGAUCUGGUUUAAUCACUACCCGUGGAUCUGUAGAUAGAGAGACCAUGGAGAAAUAUGCUUUGAUUGUAGAGGCCAAUGACCAAGGUAAAGACCCUGGUCCAAAGAGUGCCACAGUAAAAGUUUACAUAACUGUCUUGGAUGAAAAUGACAACGUUCCACAGUUCAGUGAGAAGCGCUACAUUGUCCAGGUGAGAGAAGACAUCAGACCACAUACAGAGAUCUUGACUGUCACUGCCACAGACAUGGACAAGGACAAUAAUGCAUUGGUCCAUUAUAACAUAAUUAGUGGGAAUAGCAGGGGGCAGUUCUCCAUAGAUAGUAUUACCGGUUCGAUCGAGGUAGUGACACAUUUAGAUUUUGAAGUGGAGCGUGAAUAUGCCUUGCGUGUUCGUGCUCAGGAUGCUGGGCGUCCUCCGCUAUCCAACAACACAGGAAUGAUCAGUAUUCAGUUGGUAGAUGUUAAUGACAAUGCCCCUAUCUUUGUGAGUACCCCAUUUCAAGUGUCCGUACUUGAAAAUGCACCUCUUGGAUACUCUGUAAUUCACAUCCAGGCAGUGGAUGCUGAUUACAGUGAAAAUUCCCGCUUGGAGUACAGACUGAUAGACACAGCCUCAGACACACCUUUCGUGAUCAACAGUGGAACAGGCUGGAUCACAGUGAGUGCACAACUGGACCGUGAGUCUGUUGAACAUUAUUUCUUCGGGGUAGAAGCUAGGGAUCAUGGAUCUCCAUCUCUGUCUGCUUCAGCAAGUGUUACUAUUACAGUGAUGGACGUCAAUGAUAACCGUCCAGAAUUUACUCAGAAAGAAUAUUUUAUCCGUUUGAAUGAAGAUGCUGCAGUCGGUACCAGUGUACUAACAGUGACUGCAGUGGAUCGAGAUGUGAAUGGAGUGGUCACAUAUCAGAUCACAGGUGGAAAUACAAGAAACCGCUUCAGUAUUAGCACCCAAGCCGGCAUGGGACUUGUAACGCUCGCCUUACCCUUGGAUUACAAACAAGAGAGGCGCUAUGUACUAGCAAUCACAGCUUCUGAUCGCACACUUCAUGAUACAUGUCAUGUACAUGUUAACAUCACAGAUGCCAAUACACACAGACCAGUGUUUCAGAGUGCACAUUAUUCAGUAAAUGUCAAUGAAGAUCGCCCAGUGGGGAGUACUGUAGUGGUAAUUAGUGCUACAGAUGAUGAUGUUGGUGAGAAUGCAAGGAUUACUUACUACUUGGAGGAUAACAUUCCUCAGUUUCGAAUUGAUCCCGAUUCAGGUGCUAUAACAUUGCAGACAGAACUUGAUUAUGAAGAUCAGAUGACAUAUACUUUAGCUAUCACUGCCAAAGACAAUGGAAUUCCACAGAAAUCUGAUACUACCUAUGUUGAAGUUAUGGUGAAGGAUGUCAAUGAUAAUUCACCAGUGUUUAUAAAUCCUCAGUAUCACGGAUCAGUGUCCGAAGACGCCCCACCCUUUACCAGUGUCCUGCAGAUAUCAGCCACAGAUCGUGACGCCCAUGCUAACGGCAGGGUACAAUAUACCUUCCAGAAUGGGGAAGACGGGGAUGGGGACUUCACCAUUGAACCAACAUCUGGGAUUAUUCGAUCUGUCCGAAGACUGGACCGUGAGACUGUUCCAAUAUAUGAUCUCACUGCCUAUGCGGUGGAUAGGGGCAUUCCUGUGCGCAGGACACCAGUUCACAUUCAUGUCAAUAUUUUGGAUGUCAAUGAUAAUGCACCUGUGUUUCCUGCUGAUGAAUUUGAGGUGUUUGUAAAAGAAAACAGUAUUGUAGGUUCAGUAGUGGGACAGAUCACUGCAACUGACCCAGAUGAGGGAACAAAUGCACAAAUUAUGUACCAAAUUGUGGAAGGCAACAUUCCAGAGAUCUUGCAGAUGGAUAUCUUUUCUGGAGAACUCACAGCUCUAACUGACUUGGACUAUGAAGUAAGAUCCGAGUACGUAAUUGUUGUGCAAGCAACAUCCGCUCCCCUUGUGAGCCGAGCUACCGUCCACAUUCUUCUGAUUGAUCAGAAUGACAAUAGCCCUGUUCUUAAGAACUUCCAGAUAAUUUUCAAUAACUACAUAUCCAAUAAGUCAAACACCUUUCCUGCAGGGGUAAUUGGGAAGAUCCCAGCCUAUGAUCCUGAUGUUUCUGAUAGACUCUUCUACACAUUUGAACGAGGAAAUGAGCUGAGCUUGAUGAUCUUGAACCAAACAAGUGGAGAACUGCGGCUGAGUCGGACGCUGGACAACAAUCGGCCACUGGUGGCAUCUAUGUUAGUGACGGUCACGGAUGGGAUUCACAGCGUGACAGCACAGUGUGUGCUGAGAGUAAUUGUCAUAACGGAAGAAAUGCUGAUCAACAGUAUUACGGUGCGUCUAGAAAACAUGUCUCAGGAACGCUUUCUGUCUCCAUCGUUGAACCGCUUUGUGGAGGGUCUGGCAGCAGUCUUGUCCGCCCCCCAGGAGGACAUCUUUGUUUUCAACAUACAAAAUGACACAGAUGCCAGCGGGAGCAUUCUGAACGUCAGUUUUUCUGCUCUGGUUCCUGGUGGAAGCCAGAGCCAGUUCUUCUCCUCAGAGGAGCUUCAAGAACAGCUAUAUAUGAGUCGGAUGCAGCUGACUUCAGUCUCUAUGCUGGAGGUGCUCCCUUUUGAUGACAAUGUCUGCCUGCGGGAACCCUGUGAGAACUACAUGAAAUGCAUCUCGGUGCUGAAGUUUGACAGCUCCUCUACAUUCAUUGCUUCAGGCUCCAUGCUUUUCCGGUCCAUCCACCCCAUCACUGGGCUUCGCUGCCGUUGUCCACCAGGAUUUACUGGAGAUUACUGUGAGACAGAGAUCAACCUUUGUUACUCAAAUCCCUGCCAGAAUUCUGGAGUAUGUAGUCGCAGAGAGGGUGGUUACACAUGCAUUUGUGGAGAAGAGUUCACAGGUGAUCACUGCGAAGUGGACAUUCGGUCUGGCCGCUGUUCUCCAGGUGUGUGUAGAAACGGUGGAUCCUGCAUGAAUCUCCCAGAAGGUGGCUUCAAGUGUAAUUGCCCCUCAGGAGGAUUUGAGAAGCCAUAUUGUGAAGUGACUGCACGAUCUUUUCCACCAAAAUCUUUUGUGAUGUUUCAUGGCCUGAGACAAAGGUUUCACAUGACAAUAUCUCUGACGUUCGCUACACAAGAAAAUAAUGGGCUCCUGUUUUACAACGGUCGAUUUAAUGAAAAACAUGAUUUUAUUGCAGUGGAAAUCAUUGAAGGACAAGUUCAGUUGAAGUACUCAACAGGGGAGUUGAUGACAGUUGUAACCCCGUAUCUUCCUGGUGGAGUCAGUGAUGGGCAAUGGCACACGGUACAGAUCCAAUACUACAACAAGCAAAAAAUUGGGUCAUUAGGAGUUGCACAAGGUCCCUCAGAACAGAAAGUAGCAAUCUUAACCAUAGAUGAUUGUGACACCUCAAUUGCUGUUCGUUUUGGAAAUGAGAUCGGUAACUAUUCAUGUGCUGCUGAAGGUGUACAGUCCAGCUCCAAGAAGUCCCUGGAUCUUACAGGUCCGUUACUUCUUGGGGGUGUCCCAAACCUACCAGAGAAUUUCCCAGUCAUUAACAGGGAGUUUGUGGGCUGUAUGAAAGAACUUCACAUUGACAAUAAGCGUAUUGAUAUGGCAGCCUACAUUGCUAAUAAUGGCACUUUUCCAGGUUGCAAUAUGAAACAGCCAUUCUGUGAUUCAAAUCCAUGUAAGAACGGAGGCACAUGUGUUGUUAUCUGGGAGACAUUUCUUUGCGAAUGUCCUCUGGGAUUUGGAAGCAAAGACUGUGGGCAAGUGAUGCACCACCCUUACCAUUUCCUUGGAAAUAGCUUGCUAUCCUGGGAUUUUAAGAAUGAGGUGAAGAUUUCUAUUCCAUGGUUCCUUGGACUAAUGUUUCGAACACGUCACACUGAAGCUAUGCUGGUGCAGGCUCAUGCUGGACAGUACACCACCAUUGUCUGCCAGUUAAACUUGGGGCACCUAUCAUUUGCUAUCAAUCGUGGAUCCAGUCGAACAGUGAGGGUAUUGCUGAAUAAAAUAACAUUGAACGAUGGAAGAUGGCAUGAUCUUCAGCUGGAGCUCCGCGAUGUGAGGAAUGGCCACGAUAUACGAUACCUAGCCACCAUCACUAUUGAUUUUGGACUUUAUCAGGAUACGGUUGUCAUUGGCAAUGAACUGCACGGAUUGAAGUUGAAGCAUCUCCAGGUUGGUGGAAUUCUCAGAGCUGGUGAAGUGCAGAAUGGACUGGAUGGCUGUAUCCAGGGGGUACGUCUUGGUGACACUUCGAUUGGAAUCGCAAUGCCAAAGCCAAGUCGCACUUUGAAUGUGGAACUGGGCUGCACAAUGUCUGAUCCAUGUGACUCGUCCCCAUGUCCAGCCAACAGCUACUGCAGCGAUGAUUGGCGGACAUACUCUUGUAUUUGUGAGCCAGGUUACUAUGGUGAGUCUUGUGUUGAUGCCUGUCAGCUGAAUCCAUGUGAAAAUGAGUUUGCCUGCCGACGUAAGCCUAGCUCCUCGCAUGGAUACACAUGUGAUUGUGGAGAGAACCAUUUCGGCCAAUACUGUGAACACAGGAUUGACCAGCAGUGCCCCAAAGGAUGGUGGGGUAACCCAACAUGUGGACCUUGCAACUGUGAUAUCAGUAAGGGUUUUGAUCCUGACUGCAACAAGACAAAUGGUCAAUGCCACUGUAAGGAGUAUCACUAUCAUCCUGUUGGAAGCGAUGCAUGCCUACCUUGUGACUGCUAUCCCAUUGGCUCGUUUUCCAGGUCAUGCGAUCAAGAAACCGGCCAAUGCCACUGUAGACCGGGAGUGAUUGGACGUCAGUGCAACCAGUGUGAUAAUCCCUUUGCAGAGGUCACGCACAGCGGAUGUGAAGUGAUAUACGACGGAUGCCCCAAAUCGCUCAAGGCUGGUGUUUGGUGGCCACGAACUAAAUUUGGACUUCAAGCAGGCGUGAUGUGUCCAAAAGGGUCCCUUGAGAUGCGAGCUGAUGGUACUGCAAUUCGACACUGUGGGGAAGAACAAGGCUGGUUGGAGCCAGAUCUAUUUAACUGUACAUCUCCGCCCUUCACACAACUAGCAGAGAAUCUUGCAAGUCUGGAAAGGAAUGAAACUGAACUAGACACUAUAGGGGCAAAGAAACUGGCUCGACAUAUACGGACAGUCACAGAAGAUAUAGACCACUAUUUUGGAAAUGAUAUCUACAUUACAUACCGGCUUCUCUUGAAGAUGUUGGGAUUUGAAUGCAGACAAAGUGGAUUUAAUCUUACAGCCACACAGGAUGUACACUUCACAGAGAACCUCCUAAGAGCAGGAAGUGCCACUCUUGAUCUAGAAAACGGGGAACACUGGAAUAGCCUUCAGCAGACGGAACAAGGGAUUGCUCACCUGAUGGAGAUAUUUGAGAUGUAUGCAAGGACACUGGCCCAAAACAUGAAGCUUACCUACCUGAAUCCAGUUGCCAUUGUAACCCCUAAUAUUAUUCUAACAAUUGAUCACGUGGAGAAUGGCAUCAAAAAAAGAAAGAGAUUCCCUCGAUAUCACAGUGGACUCUUCCGUGGCCAGACCACAUGGGAUGCUCAUACACAUGUUGAACUGCCAACAUCCAUGUUAUCUCCAUCCAAAGUGAAAGCUGUACCUACCUCAAAAACAGAGCAUGUAGUCCAAGUGCGGAAUGAAACAAGUAAAGUCUUGCACCGACGGCUUUUGCCAGAGCCUGAGCCCACAAUGACUAUUCUGAUCCUCCUCAUCUAUCGGACAUUAGGCAGCUUACUACCAGCACGCUUCAACACAGAUCGCCGUAACUUAAGACUUCCGAAACAUCCUGUGAUGAAUUCUCCAAUUGUGACGAUCUCCAUUUUCCACAACAACACGUUUGUUCAUGGGCCAUUAAAUUCACCAUUUACUUUGGAGUUUCGUCUGCUGGAGAUGGCCAAUCGUAGCAAGCCUGUAUGUGUGCAGUGGAAUCAUUCCAGUCUGUCUGAACCAACUGGCACGUGGACAGCAAAGGACUGCGAUCUUGUUGAUCGAAACAACACACAUGUCCGUUGUCAAUGUUCACAGCUUGGGAUCUUUGGGGUUCUAAUGGACAGCUCACAUCGUGAGCAACUUGAAGGAGACCUAGAAAUAUUGGCAAUCGUCACUUACUCCAGUAUCAGUGUGUCUCUUGCCACACUGCUUCUAACUUUCUUCAUCCUGUCUUGUCUAAAUGGACUGAAAUCCAAUAUUCGUGGCAUCCACUGCAAUAUUGUGGCAGCAGUGUUCUCCGCUGAGCUAGUCUUCCUGUUGGGAAUUAAUCAAACAGAAAAUCAGUUCCUAUGCACAGUGAUUGCGAUCUUGUUGCAUUACUUCUUUAUGGCUACUUUUGCCUGGAUCUUCGUGGAAUGGCUUCACAUCUACCGUAUGCAGACUGAAGUUAGGAACAUCAACUAUGGUGCCAUGAGAUUCUAUUAUGCCAUUGGCUGGGGAGUGCCUGCCAUCAUCACAGGUCUUGCAGUAGGUCUGGAUCCAGAAGGUUAUGGAAAUCCUGAUUUCUGCUGGAUCUCUGUACAUGAUAAGCUGAUCUGGAGCUUUGCUGGGCCAAUUGCAGUUGUCAUUGUGAUGAACAUUGUGAUAUCCUUGUUGGUAGCAAGAAUUUCCUGUGCCCCAACACAGAAGGAAGCCAAGAAAAAAUCAAUACUUACCACAGUGCGAAGCGCCUUCAUUCUGCUGCUAAUCGUUAGCACCACAUGGCUCUUUGGGCUGAUGGCUGUCAACAACAGUAUCCUUGCUUUUCACUACCUCUACACUGUCCUCUGCUGUUUUCAGGGACUGGCUAUCCUGAUAUUGUUUUGCAUCUUAAAUGAAGAAGUUCAGGAAGCCUGGAAAUCAGCUUGCCUCGGGAAGAAAAACCAGGCUGAUGACACAACACAAGCACCUCAACUCUCGAGUUCCCACCCGUACAAUAACGCAUCAUUGUUUGAGGAGAGCGGCCUGCAUCGGAUAACACUUGGAACAUCAACGAUAUCUUCAGUGAGCACUGCCCGAUCUGCACCAACUCACUCCAGCCAGCCUGGCUUUCUCAGAGAAAACCUGCUCGCACGACAGGGCUCAGCCUUGGAUCAAACCUUGUUGGGUCAUGCUGGGCCCACUGACAUAGACGUCGCAAUGUUUCAUCGGCCACAAGAUGCAGGUGGAGCAGCAGACCAUGAUUCUGACACUGAUAGUGAUCUGUCGCUGGAUGAGGAGCGUAGCGUAUCGUUAGCAUCAUCAGAGAGCGAGGAGAACGAACGAUAUCGGGGGCGGUUUCCACGACGAUUUAAGCGGGCAGCAAAUAGCGAACGGCUACUUACUGACCCCUUGCACACAUCCCCUAAAGAUUGUGAUGGCAAUGAUUUAAUAUCCUAUUGGCCAGCACUGGGCGAGUGUGAAGUUCAUGCCUGCUCACUGCAGAAGUGGGGCUCAGAAAGAAAGCUGGGCCUAGAUUUCAAUAAGGAUGCCACUAACAACAACCAACCUGACAUGUCCAUUGUGAGCAGUGACGAGAAUACACCAGCCAAUCUAUUCAAACAAGAGCAGCAGAGGAAAGGUAUUCUGAAAAACAGAAUGCAAUAUCCUUCUGCAACAUUAAAGAAUGAAAGUUUAACUUCCAUCAACAGAAUGCAAGUUGAGCUGCCUUGGUACAAUACUUCAACACUAGGUCCCAGGGUCGUUCCAGCAGCCUCCUAUGGCCGAAUGUACUCAGGCGCUGGAAGUCUGUCUCAACCUGCCAGCCGAUAUUCAUCCCGUGAACAACUGGACAUUUUAGUCAGGCGGCAGAUGUCUAAGGAGCAGUUGGACGCACUCUCAAGCAGGCAUGCAUCUCGAGAACGACUGGAAACUGUUCCCAGCAGGCAUGGGUCCAGAGAACAGCUAGAUACGAUCCCAAGCAGGCAUGCGUCUAGAGACCAUCAGAACCCAGUACCCAGUCGACAUGGGUCGAGAGAGCAGCUAGACACAACACCAAGAAGGCACGGUUCUAGACAACAAUUGGACGCAUUACCUGUCAGACAAAUGUCUAGAGAAUGGUUAAACGCAGGACCCAACAGACAGCUUUCUGGAGAACAGGUGGACAUUGUUCCCAGUCGACAUGCAUCCAGGGAACAUUUGGAGGCACUAUCAAAUAGGCAACCUUCCAGAGAGCAUCUAGAUACGCUGCCUAGAAGACAGCAACCUAGGGACCAUCUGGGUCUAUCAUCAAGUCGGCAGUCUUCUCGUGAGCAACUUGACUCAUUGUCUCGCAGAUACUUAUCGAGAGAGAAUUUGGACACAGUGCCUAGCAGGCAUCCCUCUAGGGAACAAUUAAACACUCUUCCCAGAAGACAACCGUCCCGAGAGCAAUUAGGACCCUUGCCUACCCGACAGCCUUCUACUGAACAGUUGGACAUCCUUUCCUCCAUCCUUGCUUCUUUCAAUUCUUCCGCCCUUUCUUCUGCUCCCUCCACCACCACCCCUUCUGCCCCACAGACAACAUGUACCCCUUCUGGGGCACAUACAUCUUCAAUUACUUCUGCCCCUUGCCCCUCAACUCCACAUUCUGCAACAUCCCACAGCAUCUCAGAGAUCUCUCCAGAUUCAGAGUAAGUAUAAACUUGAGAUCACUUAACUGUUAUUAAUGGACAGGUACACAUGCCAUUGCUACUAUGAUAAGAUGGGUUGAAGGUACAAAUCGCUUGUGAAUUCCAUUGCGCACUAUUGUGAAUUCUAUUGUAUUGAGCCAAUUUAGACUUGCCUUAGUGGACAGAUUGGAAAAAGUUCCUCUGGUACCUCAAACCUAUAGAACUUUCAACCUGCCCUUCACCAAACGUUUAAAAUCAAAAUUUAAUAGUGCCAGUUUUUUUUUCUUAAUUGCUUUUUUUCCCUUCGUAUUUGCUUCUUUUGCCCCAUGUCAUUCGCUAUGACGUCCAGCAUUGUCUAACGAUUCCACCAUUUUGUAUUGAAGAAGGGUCUCGACCCGAAACGUCACCCAUUAAUUCUCUCCAGAGAUGCUGCCUGUCAUGCUGUUAUUCCAGCAUUUUGUGACCACCUUCACUCACUGCGGCUCUGGCCUUUCAUCUGGAUGCUUUUGGGAAGGAAACAUAAAGGGCCAAGAUGCUGUGGAGCAAACCACAAAACCGAAAUGAAUACAAGAAAGGGCAAGAUAAAUUAAAAAAAUUAUUACUUUGUUGACUUUUGCAAAUCAUAGAUUGUGGUAAAUUGGGAAUCUUAAAUAAAAAACAAUUAAUCUCAGUUUUAAGGAGCUGAAACUGACAAAUUGGAGCAAGAGAUGGUGUAAUGUGUCUGGUUUAGCCCUCUGAGUUUUUAAUUUUAUAAUCCUGGAUUAGAUCCAUGUGAGCAAUUGCUUGUUUGCAUUUCCAAAAUUAACAAUUAUUGUUGAGAAUUUAAGAUAUAGAACAUAGUCAAGGACUACUAAGCAUUCAAAUUCUGAUGUUCUGAAAUAUUGGAGAAAACCAUUGGAAAUAAGAGUGUAGAGAAUAAAUCUAUGGAGCAUAAAUUGAUCGAAUGGACUGAAUAGCUGCUUUCUGUACAUCCACAGUGAAGACUUCUUUACAUUCAGGGUAAUGCGUGUUACAGAGCUCAGUGAUAAUAUUAGGAUUUGGGAAUAGUUGUCACACUGUAAGUUUCUGAUUUUAGUUGAGAUAUUGUAAGUAUCUCUAUAUAACCAAAAGUCUUCAUCUUGUUUGUGCCCACAAUGUGUCUCUAUGUCAAUCUGGUUUUCCUAUCUUAUUCCAAAUGCUAGGCCACAGCCUUCCCAUCCUACUCACAUUUUCCCCGUGGUGGCGAUAAACAUCUUCCUGUCGCAUCUCCACCUAUAUUUCUGAACUUAUUAAUCGUUGAAAUGUUAAAAACAGCCAAAACUGCUUUCUCACAGACAACUUCCAGCCCUCUCACUGUGAUGAUGUCACAAUACCUCUCACAAUGCAACAAUCACAAUG